AUGGCUAAUACUAGCUCUAAUUCUUUUGUUUAUCCACCAUUAUCGAUAGAAAUAGCUUCAUGGCAACGUGAAUAUACACCUGGACCGCUGACCAAAGAUGAGUUUCGUCAAUUUUUCGAAGAUGGUUUUGUAAUCAAACAUGAUUUAUUGACACACGACCUAUUAGAAUCAACUAUUCACGGUAUAGAAAAAGUCGUUGAUGAAGUGGCACAAGACCUUUUCAGAGCAGACAAAAUCCAUGAUUUACAUGAAAAUACAAAUUUCUAUCAACGUUUAACGGCAAUUGAAGCACAAUUUCCAAGUGCUUCGGUUCUAAUGCAUAAGCGUGGUAUAUUACCAUGCGAAAUUGCGUCAUUAUGGUCGAGUCAGCCGCUAUUAAGUGUUGCUAAACAAUUGCUUGGACCAAACAUAGCCGGUCAUCCCGUAUGGAAUAUUAGACCAAAAAUUUAUUUAAUUGAAGGAUGUCUGCAAGUAUUACGCGGUGGUCAUCGCCCUGGUUUGACAUGUAAACAUAAUUGCUGUAGUGGAAAUACUUGGUAUGUGGAAUUACCGGAAGAAGAAAUGACAAAAACAUUAGGGAUUCCGUUGAAUGAACAAACCGUCGUCACUUGUGAAACUCCCUUCGGUUCCGUACUAUUCUUAAAUAAUUUAAUUCCGCAUAGAUCAACGGAAAAUUACAGUACAAAUAUAAGAUGGAGUUUAGAUUUGAGAUGGCAAAAGCCUAAUGAACCGAACGGCUUCUAUGGUUUGAAAGACAACAUAUUGAUGGCUAAAGAAGAUGAUGAGAAUUUCAAACCGGAUUGGGAACAAUGGUCAAAGAUUAACCGCAGUAAAUUACAAGAAGCUGCCGUUCAAGACAGAAUUAAAAAUGAAAUAGAAGAACUUCGAGAACAACGUUUGGAUGAUCCAUUCGAUACAACAAUAUCUGGACCGUGGAUGCAUAAUUGGCCAAUUGUUCAUCACAAUAGACACACUGCUGCAUUAACAACACAACCCACAAAUUGGAAUAAAUCGUGA